CAGUCCGCUUGCCUGUCCUGGGUCACCGCUGUCAGUCGGGCCUGCCCCGGCGUGGGCCCCAGGCGGCUCUGAGAGGAAGGAGGGCACCGCCCAUGCCCGGCCCGGCCCGGGACCUCCCUUCGGGAGCGAGGCACUCGGACCUCCGGACUCUCGCAAGAUGCGUCCUCAAGAGACACUCAAGCCCAUACUUCCCCCUUCGACCCCGCCUCCUUUCCUGUAAAAACUCCCCAAUGGGUGACUUGGCCCAACAGGGCGUCGGAACCUCCUUGAGCUCCCCAAACUCUGGAUCCGUGACGUUCUCCCCCUCCUCCCAGUCUCCCCGAGGGAGAUCGCGGCAGUCCAGGUUGUGCAUGUCCGUGAAAUUUUACUUGCACGUCUGCAGCUAAAAUUAAAAAAAAAAAAAUCUAAUCAGACGUACACCUAUGGAGAGCUCGCUGAGGACGAGAUCCGAGUCUGUGGGUGCCCCCCAAACCACUCAGCAAGAGAUUUACCAUUCAACACAGAGUAUACUCCUUUCUUUUCCAUCCGUUUUGUUUCAUCCUGGGAGGUCACCUCACCAGCUACAGUUUCAAUAGAUUCCUCUUUCAGUUAAGGUCGCAACCAUGUCAGACAAAAGUGAAUUGAAGGCUGAAUUGGAGCGAAAGAAGCAGCGGUUAGCUCAAAUCAGGGAGGAGAAGAAGAGAAAGGAAGAAGAAAGAAAGAAAAAGGAAACUGAUCAGAAGAAAGAAGCAGUUGCUCCUGUACAGGAAGAAUCUGACCUUGAAAAAAAGAGGAGAGAAGCAGAAGCAUUGUUGCAGAGCAUGGGGCUGACACCGGAAUCUCCUCUGGCUGUACAACCUCUUCGAGUAGUAACAGCGGAUACCUGUCUAUUUCACUAUUUAGUCCCUCCUCCUAUGUCUCCAUCCUCCAAAUCUGUGAGUACUCCAAGUGAGGCUGGAAGCCAAGACUCUGGAGAUGGCGCCGUGGGAUCUAGGACGCUGCAUUGGGAUACUGAUCCAUCAGUUCUCCAGCUUCAUUCCGAUUCCGAUUUGGGACGAGGACCUAUUAAACUUGGGAUGGCCAAAAUUACACAAGUUGACUUUCCUCCCCGAGAAAUUGUCACAUACACAAAGGAGACUCAGACGCCAGUUAUGGCACAACCAAAAGAAGAUGAAGAAGAAGAUGAUGAUGUUGUAACCCCAAAACCAACCAUUGAACCUGAAGAAGAGAAAACUUUAAAGAAAGAUGAUGAAGAAGAAGUCCCCCCUCAUGAGCUCACUGAAGAGGAAAAACAACAGAUCCUGCACUCUGAAGAGUUUCUAAGUUUCUUUGAUCAUUCCACGAGAAUUGUAGAAAGAGCUCUUUCUGAGCAGAUUAACAUCUUCUUUGACUACAGUGGGAGAGAUUUGGAAGAUAAAGAAGGAGAAAUUCAAGCAGGUGCUAAACUGUCCUUAAACAGGCAGUUUUUUGAUGAACGUUGGUCAAAGCAUCGUGUUGUUAGCUGUCUGGAUUGGUCAUCUCAGUACCCAGAAUUACUCGUGGCUUCCUAUAACAACAAUGAAGAUGCUCCUCAUGAGCCUGAUGGGGUGGCUCUUGUGUGGAAUAUGAAAUACAAAAAAACUACCCCAGAGUAUGUGUUUCACUGCCAGUCAGCUGUAAUGUCGGCUACAUUUGCAAAAUUUCAUCCAAAUCUGGUUGUUGGUGGCACGUAUUCAGGCCAAAUUGUAUUAUGGGAUAAUCGAAGCAAUAAGAGAACCCCGGUGCAGAGAACCCCACUUUCGGCUGCUGCACACACGCACCCUGUGUAUUGUGUGAAUGUUGUUGGAACUCAAAAUGCUCACAAUUUGAUUAGCAUCUCCACUGAUGGAAAAAUUUGCUCAUGGAGUUUGGACAUGCUUUCCCAUCCACAGGAUAGCAUGGAGUUGGUUCAUAAGCAGUCCAAAGCUGUAGCUGUCACUUCUAUGUCCUUCCCUGUUGGAGACGUCAACAACUUUGUUGUUGGAAGUGAAGAAGGCUCUGUAUACACAGCAUGUCGCCAUGGCAGCAAAGCUGGAAUCAGUGAAAUGUUUGAAGGACAUCAAGGACCAAUAACUGGUAUCCAUUGCCAUGCAGCAGUUGGAGCUGUAGACUUCUCACAUCUUUUUGUCACUUCUUCAUUUGACUGGACAGUGAAACUUUGGACAACCAAGAAUAACAAACCUUUGUACUCAUUUGAAGACAAUUCAGAUUAUGUUUAUGAUGUUAUGUGGUCACCCACCCACCCUGCCCUGUUUGCCUGUGUGGAUGGCAUGGGAAGACUAGAUCUGUGGAAUCUCAACAAUGACACAGAGGUGCCGACAGCAAGCAUUUCUGUGGAGGGUAAUCCUGCUCUUAAUCGUGUGAGAUGGACACAUUCUGGGAGGGAGAUUGCUGUAGGCGAUUCUGAAGGACAGAUAGUUAUAUAUGACGUGGGAGAGCAAAUCGCUGUUCCCCGCAAUGAUGAAUGGGCUCGAUUUGGGCGAACACUAGCAGAAAUUAACGCAAACCGAGCUGACGCUGAGGAAGAAGCUGCCACCCGCAUACCUGCUUAAAUGGGCCUUAUGCUAGUAGUGGAUUGAGGACUGAUUCUAAGUAGAAAUUAAAACUCAUAGCAUGCUUCUGUCUAAAGGGAAUUGGAGGGUAAUCUUGCGGAUUAAACUAUGGACUUAAAACACACAUA